CUGAUUCACGCAUGCGUACACAGCGUACUCGGCGUAAAUAAGGAAAUGCGGAGGCGUAGGAUUCAUCCAUCUGGAAUUUUUUAACAUGCAAUUCAUUUUCGUAGUUUUAUACGGUGCUUUUUCUAACAAUUGUUGUAAUAUUUUAAGCUUUUGCUUGUUUUUAAGCGAACCACUUUUCUCUGGCAUUUACUUGUCAACAACUUCUUUUGUGCUAUUUCCAGUAGAGGCCUGAAUAGACAAUGACUGAAUAUUAUAUAGAAUGUCGUUACGUUUGUAAAAAUGUCCUUCCUUAGUUCAUGCUGAUACUAUAAAAUGGCGUAUUUAUUUAAUCCUCCAACAUUUUCAACCCUCACUAAAUAACCUCGGAGGUAACUCAUGGCGUCCUCCAAAGCAGAUACCGCAGUUAGCAAUUGUUCCAAAGAAAAUGUCCGUAGUAGCGGUCCCUCGGGUGACGCAUCGGACAACCUCCAGAGGUAUUGUCUUGAUGAUCUGAUGAGCAUCGCCACAGUAGGCACUGGAACUUUUGGUCGCGUAUACCUAGUUCGUGACAAGAACAGCAGGAUCUUUUAUGCCCUGAAGCAAAUGAGGAUACCUGAUGUGAUACGCCUGAAGCAGGAGCAGCAUGUACACAACGAGAAGGCGGUUCUAAAAGAGGUCAACCACCCCUUCCUCAUACAACUGUUUUGGACGCACCAUGAUGAAUGCUUCCUUUAUAUGCUAAUGGACUAUGUGCCCGGCGGCGAGCUUUUCAGCUACCUUCGUAGCCGAGGCCGCUUCAGUAACACCACUGGUCUCUUCUACGCCUCUGAGAUUGUCUGUGCUAUUGAAUACCUCCACUCCAAAGAUAUAGUUUACCGUGACCUGAAGCCAGAGAACAUCCUGCUGGACAGGGAAGGGCACAUCCGGCUGACUGACUUUGGCUUUGCCAAGAAGCUUUCUGACAGAACCUGGACUCUGUGCGGCACUCCAGAGUAUCUUGCGCCAGAAGUCAUCCAGAGCAAAGGUCAUUGCCGUGCAGUGGACUGGUGGGCUCUUGGCAUUCUCAUCUUUGAAAUGUUGGCUGGGCACCCACCAUUUUUUGAUGACAAUCCAUUUGGAAUCUAUCAGAAAAUUCUGGCGGGAAAACUAGAUUUCCCGCGUCAUCUGGAUUUUUAUGUCAAAGACCUAAUCAAGAAAUUUCUAGUAAUUGACCGAGCUAGACGACUUGGGAACAUGAAGAAUGGAGCAGAUGACGUAAAAAAGCACCGAUGGUUUAAGGCCAUUGAAUGGGAGUCUGUUCCGUUAAGAAAACUGAAACCGCCAAUAGUUCCCAAAGUCUCCCAUGAAGGCGACACAACUAACUUUGAAGUUUAUCCCAAUGAUGAAUGGAAAAAGGACCCAUCUGUUCCACCAAGGGACUUGGAGAUCUUCAAAAAUUUCUAACAUCUCACACAGUGUUUUAUUCAUGGGUAUAAGAAACAUUGAAAGAAAAAGAAGAAAAACAUGUCCUGUAUCUUUUAAGGAAAUACAGUGGACCCCUUCAUAUUGGCAGUUUGGCAUUCAAAGAUAUACCAAAUCGAGGAUUUUUUUUUUUUUAAACUACCAUCAGCAGGAAAACUCACUUGUCAGUUUUCUGUACCGCUAUGGGGGGGUGUAAGAGGUAAAAUGCUGUCAUCUAUAUGUGUAAUAGUGCAGUGUAGUGUCUCAAACUCAUUUACUGCCAUUGAUGGCAAUGGACGUCCAUGCCGCACAACAGCUCAGUUGAACAUUACCAUCUUACAUCUCGUUAACUAUGCAGUUAAAUAUUUGUUUCAACAACAAACUGCGCCACUAGACUAAUUCUUUAUCAUAAUUCUUGUUUAUGUGUACGUACAGGUACUGUACAAUGUGUGUGUGUUAUUAACUAUUUUUUUGUGAGUAUAAUUGUAAGCUUUUUAUUUAGGUGUUUUGGGUCCAUAAGUAUUGGGACUGUAUGUCUACAAUUUCAACUAUUAUAAGCAAUUAUAAUCACUUUAAGUGGCAUGGAUAUUUAUGGGAAUUUGCUAUUUGCGGUCAGUCUUGGUCUCUGUCCUUGGGGAAUCCUGGGGGUUCACUGUAUUUGGCAUGAUAUUCCGCAAACGUCCAUCAACUUCAAAUGAGUCUAGAUGUAACUUUCAUCAUACCACUAAACAUGCUUUUUAUACUCUUUCCCACUGGCCCUUUUUUUUCUUUUCUUUUUUUUUUUUUUGUAUCUUUCUGAGCCUAAACUUCAAAGAAAAUGCAAGACUGUUACUUUCUCAGAUGUUUUAUAUUUCAUUACAAUUGCAUAUUUUCUUGUGACCUCUGAACCCUGUGACUUUUUGGCCAGGAGCAAGUAUUAUGGGAAAAUACUACUUCCUUUUUUUGUUUACAAAAGGCAACAAAAGGUGCCUUAUAAUUUUGCUAUAUAGGUUUGCUAAUUUCACUUGAAAUUUCUCCUCAAUUUCUCAUUGUGACAUGACUCGAAAUGAAAUUAAAAAAGAAAAAACUGCGGUUCUAAGGUGCUCUUGUCCUUUGUCAUUUUUUAUCUUAUCAUCCUGGAAUUUUUUAGCCUUGCGGGCAACACUCGGAUGGCGCCCACCACUUAAAAUGUGUUCUUUACGAUAAAGGGACAUCAUUCAAAAGGAAUUAAAUGAAUUGGCAUUAUCAAUGGAGUGAUCUACCAACCACAAAUUAACAGAACUUUAUUUGGCAAGAGUAAGAUUAUUACAAUAACAUGUUGAACAUAUAGAUCAUCCAGAAAGUACUCUCGUUUUUUCUUUUUUCCAGAUAUUGCUAUUACAGCUUGAAAUGAAAUUGAUGUUUUUUUCCUUGAAUAUUUUACAACGGUCCAUAAUGAGGAAAAAAAUGACUAAAGCACUGUAACAUAAUGAAAUAUGGAAAAAGUAACACACUGAAUGCAUUCCAGAUGUUGUGACUGAUCCGUAGCAACUGCCAACAAAGACAAAACAUGAUGAGUAAAUCCCUCUGUAAUACAAAUGUGAACUGAAAAUGGUAAGAAAUGCUAGUUUCAAUUAUGCAUACUCUUAAAAUAGUUAUUUUGAAAUAUAUCAAAUAUUAAAAAAACAAAAAAGCAUUUAACAUUUGAAUUCUCCAAAAUCAUUUUGUUUUGACGCAAAAAUAUGUUUUUAGGAGGGAAUAAAUCAUGUUUAGUGGGACAUUAACUGAAGGAAUUGUUUUCUGAUACCUGAAUCUUAAUGCAGUUCUAAUAUUUAUUAAUUAGCCUCAGGCAGCAAUACAAAGUCAAAUCUCUACUUCAAACGUGCACCGACAUUACAUUCACCCAUCAAAAUAAAGUGGUACCUUGACUUAGGAGUUUAUUUUUUUACAGUGACUGAACUCAAAUUGUGAAUAAAACUAUGUUAGAGCGGAUGUUGUGGCUUCCUCUGAUGUAGAGUGGUAUGGAAAAGUAUCUGAACCUUUUGGAAUGUCUCAUAUUUCUGAAUAAAAUCACCAUUAAAUGUGAUCAGAUCUUUGUCAAAAUCACACAGAUGUAAAAACGGUCUGCUUUAACAAAAAAACAUCCAAACAUUUAUAGGUUUUCAUCUUUUAAUGAGGAUAGCAUGCAAACAAUGACAGAAGGGGGAAAAUAAGUAAGUGAACCCUCUGCCCAAGGAGACUUAAAGAGUAAUUGAAACAAAUUUUUACUAAACACACAAGUCUGGUGUGUGCCCAAUCACUGAUGAGUGGUUUAAAGCUGCCCUGCCCACUAAAACACAACACACCUGGCAAGAAUUAUCUUGAUGAGAAGCAUUGUCUGAUGUGCAUCAAGGCUUGGUCAAAAGAGCUGUGUGAAGACCUGCGAUCAAGGAUCGUUGAUUUGUAUAAAGCUGGGAAAGGAUACAAAACCAUCCCUAAAAGUCUGGAUGUUCAUCAAUCGAAAGUCAGAGAAGUCGUCUACAAAUGGAGAGAUUUUGGCACUGUGGCUUUUCUCCCAAGGAGUGGCCAUCCACCAAAGAUGAGGCCAAGAGUCCAGUGCAGAAUACUCAGAGACGUAAAACAGAACCCUACAGUGUCUGCUAAAGACUUAGAGAAAUGUCACUGGCACAGUCCAAUACCUCUGUGCACAUCGACUAUAUGUAAAACUGGCCAAGAAUUAUGUUCAUGGGAGGACUCCAUGGAGGAAACCACUGCGGUCUAAAAGAAAACAUUGUUGCUCAUUUAAUGUCCGCAAAAAGGCACAUGGACACUCCACAGAUGUUUUGGCAAAACAUUUUGUGGACUGAUGAAACUAAAGUUGAAUUGUUUGGGAGUAACACAAUGUCAUGUAUGGAGGAAAAAUAGAACAGCUCACCAACAUCAACACCUCAUCCCCACCAUGAAGCAUGGUGGAGGGAGCAUAAUGAUUUGGGGAUGUUUUGCUACCUCAGGGCCUGGACAACUUGCAAUCAUUAAUGGAAUAAUGAAUUCAAAAGUUUAUCAAGAUGUUUUGCAGGAAAACCUAAUGCCGUCGGUCAGACAGUUGAAGUUAAAAAGAGGAUGGAUGCUGCAACAAGACAAUGAUCCAAAACACAGAAGUAAAUCAACAUCAGAAUGGUUUCAGAAGAACAAAAUACAUGUUACGGAGUGGCCAAGUCAAAGUCCAGACUUGAACCCCAUUGAGAUAAUGUGGCAUGACCUAAAGAUAGCGAUUCCUGCCAGACAUCCCAGGAAUCUGACUGAACUACAGCAGUUUUGGAGCGAAGAAUUGGCUAAGAUUAGUCCUGAUCGAUGUGCCAGACUGAUCUGCAGCUACAGGAAGCGUCUGGUUGAAGUUAUUGCUGCCAAAGGGGAGGCACAAAAUAUUAAAUGUGAUGGUUCACUUACUUAUUUUCCCCCUUCUGUCAUUGUUUGCAUACUAUCAUUAAAAUAUGAAAACCUAUAAAUGUUUGGGUGGUUUUAGUUAAAGCAGACACUGUUUUUUCAUCUGUAUGAUCAGAUCACGUUAGAUUGUGAUUUUAUACAGAAAUGUGAGAAAUUCCAAAAGGUUCAGAUACCAAUGUAAGUUAACUCGUACCAGAAGUAUGGCCUCACAAAAAAACAAAGAACAAACAUUGAAACCGUAAUUUACAAAAGCCAGCAGUCAAUGCACCCCUAGGUGAAGCUACCACUGCAACAAAAAAGGUUUUCAUGACACGAGUUACCUGGAUUAUACCCAUCAUUGUAAACCUUAAAAAAAAAAAAAAAAAAAAAAACCUGCACCAAGCUAUUUUAAUACUUCUGCCUAUUAUUGACACAAAACCAACUUCAUAUACUACAAAAUGUUAUGAGACGUGACGUACAAAACACAUCAAAUUGAUCUUCCUUCUAAAAUGAUAACAGGAAGUGUCAUUACAGAAGGGUAGCUGGUUACAAAUGACAAAUCUGCAGUGACUGAUCAUGUUGGCAAAAUUAACUUUGCAACAACAAAAAACAGACUAUCGGGCAGCAGAAUUUUCCAAGAAGUCACAAUACUUUUGUACAAAGAAAGACGUAAAAGUUAGAUGCAGUUCCAUGGAAGAGGCGUAUGUUUUGCGGAGGGCUGUCUAGGAUGUCCUGAGCAGGUUGCUAAAAACUGAAACCAAAAAGGAAAUACAAAAUGUCUGCAUUAGUGUCUGCACCAGUUUAAAUCUUUGCCACAUUCAGCAAUGAUUGUCAGGUUAAAUAUUCAACAUUGAGUAACAUGCCAUUUUUCGGUGUACGAAUAUUUACAAAGUUUUGAAAAGCUGUUUUCUCACAUGUUUAUGAGAGUGUUUAAAAAAAAAAAAAUUUUUUUUUUUUAUUUGUUGUGGGUGGUUCUGAAAUGUAAUACCAGUAAUAUGAAUGGGGGAUUUGCUGUUUUCAAAUGUAUAGAU